UAUCAGGGACAGUGUGCCUCCCCUCCAACCGUCUCCCCCACCCCCCUCGCUGCCUCGAAACUUCUGUUACUUCAGGCGGGACUGUCGCGCGACGGGCGGAAGGGCACGCGCAGUCCAAAUGCAACAGGAGCGCGGAAAGAGCGGGACCCCGUUUUCCUCCUCUGUUUCUUCGUCUUCAUCAUCUUCGUCAUCUCCUUCCUCUUCCCCCUUCGGACUCGUCCUAGGUGCUUACCUAGCAGACAGGGCUUCGCCGAGUCGCGGAGUACAGUAGAGGAAAAGACGUUGUGAGAAGCGUGGAGCGAGGGAUGCCGCGGCGGAGUGCGCCGGAGUGGCGCGCGAGGGGCGCGCGGGGCACGGCGCUCGUGCUCUGGUGGUGGUGCCUACUGAGCGGCGCGGACAGCUACACCCUGGACACGCGACAUUACCUGACCUACAGCGGUCCGAACGCGUCUUUGUUCGGAUACUCCGUGCUGCUCCACAAGAACGGCCAGGAAUCCUGGAUGCUGGCCGGAGCACCGCGGGCUCAGUCCACCUUCAGCCAGUCUCCCGCAAACCCUGGGGCUGUUUACAAGUGUAAAGUCACAGGGGAGGGCUGCGAGCAGAUUUACCUCGACGUUACGUACUGUGGAAAAACAUGCUAUCCAGAAAGUGACAAUCAGUGGCUGGGCGUUAGUUUGUCCAGGCAGAAGAGGGAUGGACAGGUGUUGGCUUGUGGGCAUCGCUGGAAAAAUGUCCACUAUUCUAGACAAGAUCAACAAAAUAAGUUACCAAAUGGUAUUUGCUACAAGCUGGAGGCUGAUUUGAUAAAAUCAAGACCAUUAAUUCCGUGCUACAAAGAUCAUCAGCGGAAAUUUGGUGAAGACUAUGGGUCCUGUCAAGCUGGAAUAUCUAAUUUUAUGACUGAGGACUUAAUUAUUAUGGGAGCCCCGGGGACUUCUUACUGGACAGGUUCUGUGCUUGUCUAUAAUGCAUCUAGCAACGAGUCAUCAGCAUAUUUGGAUGACAGUGGCAGUGUCCUCUACGGAAGCUAUCUAGGUUACUCUGUGGGCGCCGGCCACUUCAGUAAACCGGAGGCCACUGAGGUUGUCGGAGGGGCGCCCCAGCAUGGGCAGACUGGUAAAGUCUACAUAUUUAAGGUGGAAACCAAGGAGUUGCAAAUUAUCUUUGAGGUCAUGGGUAAAAAGUUGGGAUCCUAUUUUGGUGCCAGCGUCUGUGUGGCGGACCUGAACUCAGAUGGGCUCUCAGACCUUCUGGUGGGGGCCCCCAUGUUCAGCACAGUGCGAGAGGAAGGGAGGGUGCAUGUCUACAUGAACCAGGGCGCUGCUGAUAUGAAGGAAUUAGAGUUUCAGUUGGUGGGGAGUGACUCAUAUGCUGCUCGAUUUGGAGAAACCCUCACAAAUUUGGGAGACAUCGAUAACGAUGGCUUUCCAGAUGUGGCCGUUGGAGCGCCGCAAGAAGAUGAUCUGCGUGGAGCUGUUUAUAUCUACAAUGGCCGGAAGAGCGGGAUCUCUAGAACCUACUCUCAAAGAAUCUCUGGGAGUGUCUUAGGAGUUGACCUCCGGAUGUUUGGACAGUCUGUGUCAGGGGGCAUAGACAUAGACAGCAAUGGCUACUCAGACGUAGCAGUGGGGGCCUUCUUAUCUGACUCAGCUGUGGUGUUGAGGACACGGCCAGUGGUGAUUGUGGAGGCCUCUGUACUGCUGCCCCCUAGUGUGAACCGCAGCCAGCCGCGCUGCAACGAGAAUGGCCAGCCCAGUGUCUGCUUGGUUGUCAGUGUGUGCUUCUGGGUGGGGGGCAAAAGCAUUCCUGGGCACAUAGGAAUGCUCUACAACUUAACUGCGGAUGUGAGACGCAGAGAAGGCUUCCCCUCUCGGUUUUACUUCACUGGGAAUGGCUCAUCCAACAUUGUGAUGGGAAAGAUCAGUGCCUUGCAUAAUCAGGUCAAGUGCAUUGACCACCAGGCCUUCAUGAAGAGGGAUGUCAGGGAUAUCUUUACGCCAAUCCACUUUGAGCUCACAUAUGAGCUAGGAAAACACAAUGUCAUCAAGACGUCCGUGAAAAGUCUGCCCUCUCUUAAGCCUAUUCUUCAGCAGACGGGUGAUCACAGCAACCUGGUGACCAACAAGACUCAGUUUUCCCGAUACUGCGCUUGGGUCAAUUGCUCUACAAACCUCCAGGUUUCAGCCCAGCUGGUGUUACCACAGUCCCACAAAAACGUGCCAUACUUUGCACUGGGCACUGGCAAGACAAUCAUGCUCAAUGUGUCUCUGGCCAAUGUUGGAGACGAUGCUUUUCUUCCAGUGCUUCAGCUGAGGUUUCCCAGCAAUUUAUACUUCAUCAAAGUGCUGGAGGCGGAAGAGAAGUAUGUGAGUUGUGAAACUGCAGAAGAUGACAAGACUGUUGUGGGCCUGGACUGCUCCGUGGGAAACUUAUAUAUGAACUCUUUAGCAAAGCUCAACAUCAGCUUCCUGUUAGAUGUCAACCAGAGCAGCAGUGGAGGUGACCUGACCAUUACAGUCAAUGCAACACGUGAAAAUGUUGAAAACGAGGACCUUCUGCACGAUAACUUUGCGGCUGUGACAUUGCCGUUGAGAUAUGGAGCAGAUUUAAAUGUUCAUGGUCAUGUCUCACCAACAUUAUUAAUGUUUGGAGGUCCUGAGGACCCUGACUGCUCCAUGCAUAAGUUCAACUACACAUAUAAGGUUCUUAAUGCUGGUCCAAGCAAAGCUAUAGGUGCAAAAAUAGUGAUAGAUAUUCCAAAGACUUUGACUCCUUAUCCAUACAGAUUGCUCAGCAUUGCUGCUCUACAGACUUCUCUUGGACACUGUUACACUAAAGAUUCCCCUGAUGGGAGUGAUCACAGCUGUGACAUACCAAGACCAAAUAUAAUUCAAGAGCUGGUAUUUUUCUUCUCAAAAAUUACAAAACGGGAAAUGUAUUGUAUGAAGAACGACUCCAUGUGCCUCUAUGUUGAGUGUGAACUUGGAGAUGUAGAAGUUGGGAAGGAAGCCACUAUUCAGAUGGAGGUGGAUGUGAACCCUGCUGUUCUGCAGAUUUCCCCGGGCAGACAUGGAGUCAUGCUGAUUGACAGCACUGCUGUUGUAUCGCUGAGGGAAGAUCCUUACAUAGUGCCCCUUCAACAGGCCCCCUUCACUAAGGUUGUCUUAGAGGCCCAGUACAACCAGAGACCACGCAAAGAUAUAUCCAUGUUCAUCAUUGGUGUAAGUCUGGCAGUAGGGGUGCUCAUUCUGGCUGUACUCAUAUAUGGACUCUGGAAGGCUGGAUUCUUCAAGAGGGAGUUGAAGGAGAAGCAGGAGGAGUUUCGAAGGGAGAGCUGGGACUUUGUGCAAAAGACUAAGGACCCCUAUUAACAAGAUGAUCUUCUUUAACAUGAUACAAAAUUUGCAUUUGGGGUUGAGGUCAGAGAAGGCACAUUUAAUCGGAACAGCAAGGCAGCGAACUAGUGCCAGCUGCGCCCUUUUGAAACAGCAAGCAGUGCCAGAGAACAAAGAUGCAGUUGUGCAAAAGUCACAAUUAAGGACCUGCUCAAAGUGUAACAGUAAAGACUUUCUUAGAAUUACUCUGUGCAGCAUUUUCUGAAAAAUGAAGUGCAGUUCACUGGAUGUGACGUCAGCAUGACGGGAAAUGCACUUUACCCUUACCUUGGAUGAGCUGCAACAAUGUGUGCAUCUUGGAGUGGAUUGGAUUACCUCUCAGGAAAAAGCAAGUUGUCUUGUGUUCGCAUGAAAUGGCAAGAUGUGAUUAUCUUCUGUUUCAUGUUUUGAGGCACACCUUUUUGUUUCUGCUGUAAACUUUCGCAUUUGAUUAGACUUUUUAAAUUGAAAUGCAUCUAUGCAUGGAAGCAUUUGUAUGUAAAUAUGUGUGUACAUAGCUUAUGUGCAUAUAUCACUAUGUAUAUAUACAUGUGCAGUUGUAUGCUGGGAUGAAAAUUCAUCUUUUUAAGAAUGCUCUCACCUUGUUUGCUGCAAGAAUGUUUUCACCUCUGCACUGUU